CAGCCUUCACACUCCCCUCUCGUGUCUUGGUGUCUUGGAGCCUUGGUGGCAUGCUCUGCCGUCCCGUGUGAGGCCUGGCCUGUUCGCUCUGUUUAUCUGCUUCGUCUACAGCGCCCGCCACCGUGAUGCGGUUUCAUCCAAGCUCGUCACCGCCAACAGCCUGCCAAAGGGUUGGGAAUCAGUUCUCAUGACACACAGCCCCACCUGCCCUGUUGCUUAGACUGUUUGCGCCCAAAUGGAGGCCAAGGCGUUGGAGCUAGAAAGGUUGGCACGCAGAGCGUCCGGCAAGGAUGCCGUCAAGCACGCCAUCGCUGCCGCCGAGGCUUACAUGAAGGCUGCCAAGGAUGCCUCCAGCCCGGCCGAGAAGAACCGGCUCAAGCACCGGUGCGAGGAGGUCAUCGUCUUUGCGGAGCGCCUCAAGGGCCCACGUCAAGCCCCAGGCCUCGCCACUGACGCCCGGAAAGGAUCGAGGACGGCUGCGGCCCCGGGCGGCUCCGGCUUUGCUACCGCCUGCUCUGCACUGCCGCAGGGCCCGGCCCAGUCCCGCCAGCUCCCCACGUCUGAGAAGACUAUUCUUCUCCGCUCCUCCCGCCUACACGGGAACAUCUUUCCGCCAUGGGAUACCUCGCCGUCAGAUGACGGCUUUCGCCUGUCUCCUGCAGACGGGAACACCCUCUAUAGCGAUCCCUCGCACUUCACCCUCUCCCAGAGGCAGCAGGACAUCUUUGCAGGAUGGAAGAGGCCCUCGGACAUGUUCUCGCCCCCCGGUGGAGCCAGUCGAGGCAUCAUCGGGAGGCUGCCCUCGACGCUGAUGCACCCGGCAACCGAGAGUGACCUCGUGCAGGACAUCACCACCGACUGCAGUGUCGUCGCCAGUCUCUGCGCCAGCAUGAAGCACUUGAACUCGCCCAAGAAUCCGCUGCUCGCCAACCUGAUGUAUCCCUUUGAUGCCGCCAACGCCAGCCCCAUCAUGUCGGAAAACGGCAAGUACGUGUUUCGCAUGUACUUCAACGGCUGCUUUCGCCAAGUCACCAUCGACGACCGUCUGCCCGCCUCGAGGACUUCACGCACCCUCUUUGUGGUCGACCGGAAGAACCCCCAGCUGAUAUGGCCCGCCUUGAUGGAGAAGGCCUACCUGAAGGUCAGGGGCGGCUACGACUUCCCAGGCAGCAACUCCGGCACCGACCUCUGGGUCCUCACCGGCUGGAUCCCAGAGCAGAUCUUCCUACACGCCGAUGACAUGGAGCCUGAACAGAGCUGGACGCGCAUAAGCAAGGCCUUCCAGUUCGGCGACGUUGUCGUCACCCUGGGCACUGGGCGACUUUCAUUCGAGGAGGAGGACGCGAUUGGCCUUGCAGGCGAACACGACUACGCCGUGCUGGACAUGAGGGUUGAGAACGGCGUACGGCGUAUGCUGGUCAAAAAUCCCUGGUGCGACGGCCUCGUCUGGAAAGGUGUCGGCUCAUCGGCCAUCCUGGAACCCAAGACAACGCCGAGCUCUCCUAGAGAUGGCGUGUCGCCGCCGGACUCGGGCGAGCUUCCCACAGGCACCUUCUGGAUCUCAUUCGAGGACGUCGUCCAGAACUUUGAGUCCCUCUAUCUGAACUGGAACCCAACUCUAUUCACCCACCGCCAGGACCACCACUUUACCUGGGAUGUGCCCGACAGCAAAAUGGCCAACUCGUUCGCCAAAAACCCGCAGUACUCGAUUUGCGCUUCGUCCGCCGGCUCUGUUUGGGUUGUUCUCAGUCGCCACUUCCAGGACGAUGAGCUCGCCAUCGCGAGAAACCGGUCCGCUUCUUCAUGUCCGCCUAUGGCAAAUGGGACGGCGGCUUCGUUUGCCGAGGCGUCCGCCUACCCCACGGCCACAGAUGCGGCGGGCUUGCCGAACACGCUGGGGUUCACGUCUCUAUACCUUUUCCACGGCACGGAUGGGACACGGAUCCAGCUUCCCGACCGGCCACGGCCGCAGCAUAGGCGGCCUUUCGUUGACAGCCCGCAGAUGCUGCUUCGGUUCGAGGCCACCAAGGGGGAGCGCUACACCCUCGCUGUGGCGCAGUCUGGCCUUCCACUUCCCAAGUACACCUUCAGCCUCUCCCUCUUCAGUCGCUGCCCCCUCGAUGUCGCCAAAGCCGAGCCCGAGCAUGUCCACUACGAAACGGUGCAGGGCUCAUGGACUCGACGGUCGGCAGGCGGCAACGCGUCCGAGUCCACUUAUCUCUCGAACCCCCAAUACUCGAUCCACGUGAAGCACCCGACCGCCAUCUCGCUCCUGUUGUGCGCGGACAAUCCGGAUCUGCCCGUGCACGUUGACCUCAUGUGGGCGGGAUCCGGCCGCGGCGCAGGCAAGAUCGGGAUAGCUGCCGAGAUUACCGGCACGGCCCGCGACAUUGUCGCCUCAAGCGGUGAGUAUCGCCGUGGCAGCGCCCUGUGUGUCGUCUCGCCAUCGUCGCCGGCAUCGACGGCCACAGGAGGCGCUCCAGUGCUCCAGGAAGGCUUUUAUAUCGCUGUCCUGUCCACAUUUGAACCGGGCCAGCUAGCGGCAUACACGCUGGAGGUGGGCUCGUCGACGCGUGAGCCCGUGGUUGUGACUCCUGCUGCCCGGACCGGCGCCGCGGCCGGUCGGUUGCGCACUGCGCUCGCUCCGCUCCCACCCCCACCGGCCGUUCGCCGCACAAACAGUGACGAGGAUCAUCACCACAGCCACCACAGCCACCACAGCGGCAGCGGCCCUGGAGGCAGCGACCACAGCGACUCUUCUCCUCAUAAGGAGGGGGAGGCGGCUCGUGUUCAUCGGGCGCCGUUGCUUGUAUCACGCCUCACACGCGUCAGCGCGCGCGUGGCACCUCGCUCUGGCAGUCUAGAUGCCGUGCGCAUACGGAUACAAGUCGGCGUUGGGGCUCGAGGACGCCCACUCGCCAUUGGCGGAGGGAGUGGUGGCAGCGGCGUCGACCCUCUCCUCAGCAUGCAAGCCUUGGUAGAGGCCUUGGCUGACUGCGAGUUUGCUGAGGCUUCCAGGGGCGCACGCACGGCCGAGGUUGAUGUCGACCCAGACCUGGCCCACAGGGGAGGUGGCCUCUGGGUCGUCGUCGAGCAGAUUGGAUCGACUACCGGAAACGGCGGCGCCGAAGGGCCGCUAUUGAGCAGCGUUUCAGGCGGCGGCGGCAUGUCGCCCAGGCUUGGGGCCGCAGUUGAGAUUCUUAGCGACAACCCAGUCCAAGUCGGUGGGUGGGAGCAGGUCAAGGAAUGAGAAGAGAUAAGCUGAUUUGGGACCAUAAUAACUACCAUGGGGCUGUGAAUACUCCGGACAAAUACUGGGCAGCCAACCCUCUUGACAUAUAAUACAGACAUGGAACCUUUAAAUGCCGCCAAAGCCUCGCCUUUGGUCCUGAGGACCCAUUCCCCUUCCAGCUAGCGACGAUGGACGUUUGGCCUUAUUUGAUGUGGUGACACUCGGCCUCGUUUGCAUCGUUCCUAGUGUCAGUCACCAGUAGAGCCAUGCAGUUCCUCCACAAACACAACUCUUCAAAUCGUAUCGGCGUCCGACCCGAAGCCGCCGGUCAGCAGCUUGACAGGCAGCAAUAUCAACACAGCCCCGAUGGCCACACAGUUGCCCCCAAGACACACAUACUGAUGGGGCACCGAUGCGCGGGGGGUGGGGGGUGGCUUUACAUUGGAAGAUCGCAGAAGCGCAACCUUUCCACAGUAUGGAGCAUGUGCGGUCGAGGGAGGAGCCGCAUCGAGCCGUCUUUACGAGGGAGGCCCAAAGUGCCCACCUGACCUGGUCGUCGACGGCUGGGGACUGUCGGAUCGGGGAUCGCACCGGCCCUUAUAAAUCAGCAAGAGGGGACACCUUCAACGAUAGAUCAUGGCAAGAAUUACCGACCCCUCGAUAGCAAAGACAGUAUGGGACACGGAACACCACGGCAUGAGACGAAACGCUGAGUAGACGGUGGAUUUGUAUCUCACAAGUUAAACCAAAAGAAAACAAAAAGACCAAAGACCGUGGUAUCUGCGAAUACGCCUGACUCCGGACUAUCACCAUCAGCCCAUCCCAUCCUGCGGAGCCUGCUGCCAGCUCCAGGAUACAAAAGAAAAACGAUGAAUAAAAAACAAUUUCGGUAAAUAGGAUAUAAGAGAAAAAGAACAGGGCUCUCCCGGGUGGAAUGAGCAGCCGAUGUGGAAAGAUAAUGGUUCGAAAUAAUAAGAGAGGCUCCCAGU